AAAAGAGUCAGAGAUAAUAUGCGAUUGCAGGAUUUGACACAGAUGGAAUUUGGUAAUGAUGUUGUUGUGUGUUGUGUGAUGUGGACUGAAAGAGUGUUGUGUUCCACAAAUAACGAUCAAUCAAACACAAUGAAACGACUUGCCUAACACCUUAACAAUGGCGCAAUCCGGCGACGGCAGAGGACCACCAAAUAUUAGCAGCAGAUUUGGAGUGCCGUUUGCAAUGUUUGGACAUAGACAGGCACAUCACGGUUUAUUAAUGACACAUUCCGUAACGCCACUGGGGGCCACAACAAGUACACCUCGACUUAUCCGAGAAAACUUGCGUUCUGUAUAUGCUGAGCUGACACGUACAGCUCAAGAAGGUGGCCUGUCAUCAUGGCUCCAUGGUCCUGGUGAUAGUGGUGAAGGAGUCAGUGCUAUUCAGCAAAGACCACAGCCAGUAGUACAAAAUGAUCCCACGAACUCAACAGAUAGUAUUGCAAUUUCCAUUGAUGUAGGUACCCCAAAUGCAAGUCAUAUUGGCAGUGAACAGAACAUCCCAGAGACUGGUGGCCAUGUCCACACCCACAUAAAUAGUGGAAAUAAUAACAACAACAACAAUAAUAAUAUUGAUGAAGGGCCUGCUGAAAUAUUGCGACAGAGUCCAGAAACAAGAGAGUUCCUAUCCAUUCUACAAAAAUACAUUCCAUUUGUCCUGAUACUCUGCGCAAAAGGAUUAUAUGAUCAUCGAGCAGGCAUUCUUAUAUUUCUGGCCUUAUCAAUAACGGCAUGCUAUAGCAACACAGUUCUAAGGAGAGAAAUUGGGAAACAAUCUCGCCGUAGCCUUGGCACUCUUGGUCUCGUUGUAACAAACUUACUUGUUUGUAUCCUUGGAUUGUAUUAUUUCUUUGAGGACCAAAAGCUCUAUCUCAGUUUGGUGUUCAUACCUCCCUACUCUCAGCCUCUGAGUAUGUGGGAUCUGCUUUGGAUUGUGGGUAUCACUGACUUUGUACUGAAGCUUGCAACAAUAAUAUUCAAAGUGUUAAUUGCAGCAUUGCCAGCAUUUGCAGUUCCGUAUCAGAGGAGAGGAAAAUAUUAUCUAUUUGUGGAAGCAACAUCACAACUUUACCGUUGUUUGGCACCUAUCCAGCCAUGGCUGUACUAUCUUCUGGAAUCUUAUCAGGGUCCAGAAAAAGUUGUAGGUGUCUUCCUGUCUGCUGCAUACAUGGUUUCAAAGGGCACAGACCUUAUGGUGAAAGUCCGCCUGUGGAGAGCUGCCUUCUGGAAGCUGUUGCAGAAUGUGAAUCUUGGUAUGAGUCCCAGCAAGGAACAGCUACAGUCAGCAGGAGGGCAGUGUCCCAUCUGCCAUGACAAUUACGCUGAGCCCGUUCUUCUCCAGUGCCGACAUAUCUUCUGUGAGGCUUGUGUUUCUACUUGGUUUGAUCGUGAGCAGACAUGUCCUCUGUGUCGUGCGCGUGUUGUUGAUGAUCCUGCCUGGCGUGAUGGGUCCACUGCCCUAUUUGUCCAGUUGUACUGAAAGAUGUUGAAGAACACACACACACACACAUACACACUUCAUUUUUAUCACUGUCAUUCUAAAGGAAUUUGUUAGCAUUUUAGCUAGAAUAUAUUUUCAACAUUUUACUCCAUCUUUGUUAUGCACAGCAUACUUUUUACCAAAACAUAACUCAUUGUCGUAAACAGCGAAGGUAAAUAUGUUACUUGGAAAUUUUUGAGUUUUAUGUACCCAAAAGAAAUAUUUAUUAUGUUAAAAAUUAUUGUUGGUGUAAGAGACUUGUUUUAUAUCACCACAUAGCUAUUAAAAAAAAAAAAAGAAAGAAAGAAAGCUCUACUCAAUAGAGACUUGUUUUAUAUCACCACAUAGCUAUUUAAAAAAAAGGAGAGAGAGGGAGAGAGAGAGAAAGAAAGAAAGAAAGCUCUACUCAAUUGUGAAUAAUUGGAUUGUGUAACAGCAGCUACAAUACUUUGAAUUUCUUUUCACAGAAAUUCACUGUUUGCACGGAACCCCACAAUGUUUGAUAAUGUUAAGAAAGAAGAAAAGAAAAUGUAAGACUUUUAAUCUAUCAGCAUUACUUACUCCAAGUGUAUGUUGUUUAAAAAGACUACUGAUUAAUCAGACCUCUUGCAGAGACGAUGACGAGACAUGAACCUGUUAAAACUAUGGGCACUGCUGAAAUGAAUCCACCAUUGGCUGUAUCCUCUUAUCAUCAAAACUCUGUCACAGAAUGGGUUUUAAAAUUUUCUGUUAAUGUAGGAGAAUAAUUAAGUGUAAUAUCAUUAUCCAGGUAAAGGAGAAAGUAUUGCAGCCUGUGUGUUGGAGCACUUUAUGUGAUAAACUAUUGGAACUGUGAUAAAGAUAUAGUGAGAGAUUUAGUACGUGUGGACAUUUGUGGUUAUUCCUGCCCUUAAAAUCAGUUUAUUAUUGUCCAUUAUUUUCUUUACAGAGAGAACUGUGAUAGAUCAUUCUAUUGUUUAUAAUAUUUUUACUUUUGACGUACAGAUUUUAACUUUUAUCAGAGUAAUUAUAAUUUUAGAAGGUUUUUGUUACAUUUUGAAAACUCAUUUGAACAGUACUGUGAAUAAAGUAUUGACAAUUUUGUAGAACAUAACUUUAGACAAAUACUGUUACACAUUGCUCAGUUCACUUACGAUAUGGGAGUGACAGAUACCAGAAUCUAUUUGCUUUCAUUUCCUCAGUUAUUGUGUUGUAAGUUUACACUUACCUUUUUAUUGUGAGGAGAAACAUUGUCUGAGUGACCACAUGCUGAAUAUAUAUGUUUUUAAACCAACUGGAAUAAAAGUGACAGAAAAGACUGCUUCUCCAGAAUUUAUAUUUGUUCUGUUACAUUAACAUUAAACACUUUCCAGUUUUAUUUAUGGGUGUGCUUGGGAUGAAGUUAUUUAGUUUAAUGUUUGAGAGAAUUGCAGUUUUGUGCCAAUUGUAGAACAUCUGUAACAUAUUGAGUGGGUAUUUUCUUUUGGGCACAUUACAGUGACAAAAGGAGGAAGUAAAACUUGGUUGUCAGAACUGUAAGAGAUGUUUUUACUGAUUUGAGUGAUGUAUAAUUGUAUUGAUGUUGCCUGUAAUUCCAUAAUGAGGAAUAUUAAACAUACUAUUAUUAUUGUGUUUUUACCA